UUGUUUCUUAAUGUUUGACAUACAAUGAAAAAUAGUAAAAAGAAUAAUUAGAAAAAUCGAAUUUGCAGCUAUAUUAAUAAAUACGAAAUUUAUAAACUUCUAAAGCAAAAUGGGUGAACAGCCAAUUUUCACUUGUCAGGCUCAUGUCUUUCACAUAGACCCAAAGACUAAGCGUACCUGGAUUACAGCCAGCAUGAAAGCGGUCGGCGUUAGCUUCUUUUAUGAUUCCUCUCGAAAUUUAUAUCGUAUUAUCAGUGUUGAAGGCAGCAAAGCUGUUAUUAAUUCGACGAUAACGCCCAAUAUGACUUUUACCCAGACCUCACAGAAGUUUGGUCAGUGGAGUGAUGUACGUGCUAAUACAGUUUAUGGACUUGGUUUUGCUUCAGAAGCCGAAUUAACUAAGUUUGUAGAAAAAUUUCAAGAAGUGAAAGAAGCUACUAAAAAUGCCAUUAAGUCCGCAAACGGUUCUACAGCGGUUACACCCACAACGUCAGCUAAUACGUCGCCUAUAUCUUCCCGUUCUGGUGGUAUGCAACAAAAUGAUAAUACUGCAAUAGAUCCUCAUACUGUUGAACCACCAAACAUGUCUAAUACGAAUACUCAAAAUGCUAAUCCAGACAGUCCGUCGCAUAAGUUGCUGCCAGCAGCUGAUAUUAAACAAGAACUUUCCACAACUAAUAUAACAUCAACUGCACCAGCUAUUACAGUCGGCUCGGGUGGUAGUGUUGUCGGUGUACAUACCGGUACUGGUGGUCCACCUACAGGUGAACAACAACUAAAAUAUGAAAAUGAACGUCUCAAAAUGGCACUGGCUCAGAGUUGCGCUAAUGCAAAAAAAUGGGAAAUUGAACUGGCCACCUUGAAAAAUAAUAAUAUACGUUUAACAAGUGCUUUGCAGGAAUCAACUGCAAAUGUUGAUGAGUGGAAACGUCAGCUACAUACUUAUAAAGAGGAAAAUAUUCGUUUAAAACGGGAAAUGGAGCUAUUACGUACGGGUAUUACAGUCCCUGGCGGACCUGGUGCUGGUGGCGGUGAGAUUGCAGAAGACUUACGUCGUGAAAUAACUUUACUGAAAGGAAGAAUUGAAUCAUUAGAAAAUGAGUUAAUGAAUCAAGAGCUUGAACUAAAAGCUGCUAACACAAGUCUUCGAGACAAAUCGAACGAACAAGCUAUUGCUAAAAUGGUUGAAUUGAAUGCAUUGUUUGCUAAAAACUUAGCUGAAUUGUAUAGUGUGCAAAAGGAUAUGGACAAUGCACUACAUUCUACAAAGAGUACUUGAGAAAAAGAGCAUAGCUCUCACAAAAAGGUUUCAGAAGCCGAACAUGCAGCAGCAGCAGCAGCAGCUGCCAUCGCCAUAAAAAAAUAUCUCGGCACAGGUGAUACAGAAAGUACACUCUCUAAUGUUACAUCUAUACAAUCUCAAUUACAAUCUCUUUACGAAACCUGUGAUGAUACACUAAAAUUAUAUGAACAACUCAGCACCUGCAAUAGUAGUUUACAGAUAAACACAAAUAACGAUAGACAGAAACAAUCAGACGCACCUAAACUUCUAGAGAAACACACAGUACUGUUGCAAGAAUUGCAUCAACGACAAAUUCUACAAAUGGGUGCUAAUAAAAAAACGAAUUUAACAAAUUUUACUAAUACGACACCAACAACAACAACAACAACAACGGAGGCGGCGGCAGCAGCAGCAGCAGUAGCAGCAAAUCAAUUGGUUGUGACUGCUGAUAAUGCUGUUGGUAAUUCUGCUGCCCCAACAACAGCUGCUCUAUCACCACCCAAAUUGGCCACAGGCGUUAAUGCUGUUGCUACCGGUAAAACUGCAACAAUACUUGUAUCGAAAUCAAAAACCAAAACUGGUUUGCCAUUGUUAUUAAAAAACUCAAUAAAUAAUUAAUGAUAAUAAUAAUA